UUUCUUACCAACUAAUGACUGCCUCUGCAGCAAUUAAUUUUAGGGGGGAAAAUUGCGCUGUCGGCGUAUCGCGAAUCGACGAAUCGCACACGCGGAAGCGAUUAAUGUAAAAAUAUUUCCCAAACGAAUUACGAUGGUAAAAACCGCUGAGAACUAACAUUUAUUGAAGUCUCGUUUCUUUAUGGAACCGUUGCAAUUCUACGUUUAUAAGAUGUCCACCGUCUUACGAAAGACGCCUAUGGCUAUCGUGACAACUUCACACAUGCCCACGCCAGUGGAGAGCCCGUUACCAAUAUUGUCGCAAAGAAUUAACGCCCUCAUUCAGGCAUCGCAAAUUUCAAGCACAUUUUUCUACAAGCUUAGCCAGAGCCUCCAAAUGUGGACUCUGCACAGCCCAAUCUCGACUGUUGCUUCCGACUCUUUACUUCGCUUAUACAUCACAGUGAGGUCAAAAUACAUUGUUUCUAUCAUUUCCUUUCUGUAUUUUUGCAGCGGAUACUUGUUCUUCUACAUCAUUAGCAGCAUCAAAAAUGCGCGAAGCGCGAAGGCAGCCUUCGUCAUAAUUUUUCGUCGCUGGUACAGACUCCUGCUGCCUGUUGUCCUCGUGGCAUGCGCAUUCUCGCUUCUGCCACUGUUCGUCAGGGGGCCGACGACCGCCAUGGUGUACGACAAGUUCUACGACGAUGUGAGAAAUCACUGGUGGACCGUCGUGCUUAACGUGCGCAACCUGUACCGCGAGGUCACAUACGGUCUGAAUGCUCACUUGUGGUUCAUCUCGGCGGAUUUCCAGCUCUUCCUUGUGGCCCUGCUAUUCUACCAGAUUACGCAGCGAAAGCGUGUCAUAAUCGCUGCCUUCACACUGAUCUCAAUCGCAUGCUGUUGCUUCACGGCUUGGCAGGUGUACGGGACCAAGUACCAGCCAGUCAUGGUAAUGCUGACAGAGACCUUCGACGACUAUUUGGAUAACCUUACAGACGUGUACAUGAUUCCUACAUACCACGCUGCCUGCUACUUUGGAGGCUGCAUGGCCUUCUACGCUGUCGAGCACUACAAGAACACAAAGAUUUCGAAGGGUGUGGAGGUGGCCCUGUGGGCCGUCGCUUUCGGCCUGGGCGCAGCGUGCAUAUUCUACCGCUUGGACUGGACGCGCGGCACAAAACACGGCGACCUGGCCAAGGUGUCGCUGGCCUUUUGGGACCGCAUCCUCUGGGCCACUGCACUGGCAGCGCUCACAUUCCUCUGCGCAGCAGGAAGGGGCGGUUUAGUAGAGAAGACACUGUCGGCAGCUCCUCUGGCCGUGCUGAGCAGGUUGUCGUUCGGCGUGUACAUCACGCACUUCCCCUUCUACUUCCUGUCGAUGAACGCCAUGCGAACGAAGAGAUACAUGAGCGUCUUCUCGUGGUUUUUGGAGAGCGUGUCGGUAUACGCGUGGAGCUGCAUAUUUGCACUGGCCCUGUUCCUGGCAUGCGAGGCGCCCCUGGGUCGCCUGGACAAGGUCAUCUGGGGAACGCCGAAGUUGAAAAAGCAAGGGGCCCAGAUGAACGGCGCUUGUGACACGGAGGUUGCCCCACGCCAAGACGAAGCGCCCAAGUAGCCGACUGGCUAUAAAGUUGUAUAUUUGGAAGUAAAAAGAAAUACAUACUUUUGUUCUGAGUC